CCUGGACCCUGCAUUCACUAUAUCUGGUCUCCCACAGUACACACAACAUGGAAAUGCAGAUAUUUUAGUAAAUAUAAACUGCUAAUUACCUUUUCUCAUCAGCAGUAUAUAGCAGUAUUGUUACUUCUUUCAGUGGACUGCAGAGCUCUGGUUAAAGCUUGUAGGAGGAGUUUUCUUUCUGCUUUAGGAGGAUGUGAAAGUCCGGACCCUCUGUCUGGACAGUGUUGAUUGGCCCUGUGCUGAUCACAUGCACUCUUCCAAGAAAAAAAAAAUAAAACCUCUCUAGCAAUACACACCAAACUGAGCAU